GAGGUGUUCCAAUCACUUUCGACCCUCCCUCAAACAAGUGGUAUUCCAGCUACUGCUCACUUACCUGUUAGCUACUCGCAAUUAAGCAUCAUCUUGUUGGGUGGAGGCGAUGCAUCUGCAUAUGUUGAUAAUAUACGCGGCAGACAACGACACAAUACCUACCCGCCGCCACUGCUCCGUCCAAGGGAUGACUCGAGUCUUCGCGAUUUAGUGAACUUCCCGCCGGGUGUAGGCUCAAUUGACACCAUCGACAGCGACUUGACGUACAGAACGGAUAGCACGUACCCAUACUUAGGAGGUGUCGGGUACGUCCCUGUGAAAUCUCCAUGUAACGCAUGCCGUCGCCUUCGAUUCAUUGAGAAGAUCGGGAGUGGAGAAUUCGGAGAAGUCCACAAAGCGACAAUUCACUCCUCGUCGGGGAUGACAUCUGGCGCCGUAGCAGUGAAGACGGUGAAACACCCCGAUUGUACAAGUGAGCAAGCUUCUCUCACAAGAGAAUGUGAAAUCCUGGCGUCGCUGUUACCCUGUUCUAAAUUCAUCAUCGCCGUGAUUGGAUACUGUGUUCACCCGCUGUCCAACGCGGUUAAAUGCAUUAUUAUGGAGUUCUGCGAGAAUGGGAAUUUGAGGAACUAUCUCCGGAAACAUGGGAACCAAAGCUACCACAACCGCCGUGAAUAUGGUCCUCAGAUAAUAUUGACGAGCAACGACUUGAUGAAAUUCGCGUGUCAGAUAUCUGAGGGCAUGUGUUUCUUGGCGGAUUCAAAUUGCCUGCAUCGUGAUUUGGCAGCCCGUAAUGUGCUGAUCACACGGGAUAAAGAUUGUAGAAUAAGCGAUUUUGGAAUGGCCAAGCAGAUGAAUACUGAUGGUAUUUAUCUAAGGCAGUCUCAGGUACCCUUACCAGUGAGAUGGAUGGCACCGGAGUCGAUCAGGGACCAUGUGUACACGUUAAAAACAGAAGUAUGGUCGUUCGGCAUCGUACUCUGGGAAAUCGCAACUUUCGGAUCCACGCCUUACUCCGACAUCAAAGACGCAUACGAAGCUCGGACGAAAAUUUUAGAAGGACACAAACUGGAAAAACCUAAACACUGUCGGCCAGAGAU